GAAUUAUAAAUGUCAUAUACUGAACGAACAAUGGUAAAACGUAUAAACGAAAGUACAGUGGAUAAAGAUUCCUAAAAUAAAAGCGUGAAAAAUGAAUGCGGAAGCCAUAUUGUGAUCAAUUACAAGCGGGCUUUUAGAAAAUGAUUAGAUACUUCACAAACAUAAAUAUGAAUCGAUUAGGAAUGCAUGAUGCUUUGAAGCCAAUAGCUUUCUUAGAAGGUAAAUGGAGUACAGGCAAAGAUAAUUAUGGAUCAGGACAAUUUCCAACAAUAAAACCAUUUACCUUUUGUGAAGAAAUCACUUUUACAUCUAUCGGCCAACCAAUGUUCAACUAUGUUGCACAAAGUUGGGAUUCUGCAUCAAAGAAACCAUUACAUCGUGAAGUUGGUUUCAUGAAAGUUAUACCAGGAACAAACAAAGUAUCUUUACUCUUAGCCCACAAUUUUGGAUUGACUACAAUCGAGGAAGGUACAAUUGAAAAUAAUAUUAUUAAGUUAAAAAGCACCGGAAUUAUAAGACAAAGUGAAGGAAUGAAAUUACCUAACGUAAUCGAGACAUGUAGAGAAUUCGAAAUUAAUGGAAAUUCCCUAAAGCAAAUAUUUUAUAUGGCUACCUCGACUGUACCAGAGUUAACAGAACACUUAUGUACAACAUAUAUCAAAAUUUCAAAAGAAUCAGAUGAAUAAAAAAAAAUGUAUUAUUCUAAACUUUACAAAUAGUUAGUGGUAAGAAUAAUUAGUAUUGGAACUUCUAAAACUACGCCGAACAAUUAUGAUAAAAUAUAUUAAUGUUUAUCCAAUUGACAAUGGAGGUUAUUUUGGAUACUUGCUAUGAAACAAUAUUAUACAUAACUAAAAGCAUUUGUAUCUGAAAAGCUAAAUAAUUGUCAAGCUCAUGUUUAUUAAAAAAUUAAAAAUUUUGAGAAAUAAAAUAUGGAUAUAAAUUC